AUUUUACAUUAAUUUUAUUAACAAACAAAAAUUAGCUAAAUAAUAUAUAUGUGAUCUAGAAUACCUUGGACUUAAAUAACAUUACAAUCAAAUCAACUUUUAGCCUCUGUGGUUUGUUGUCAUUUUACAGUCUGUGAUGUAUGGAAGCAAAAGAAAAGCGGUGGGUAAGCGGCAUUUUUAAACUUCAUUCCGUGUUCACAAGUUUAAAUAUAAAAUGCGGGGUAUUUACUAAACUAAGUGAGGAAUUUGAUUUCUGUGUAAUAAGCAGCUGUACCUGGUUCAUAAAUAAAACCAUGUAGCAUGGAGCAAAUGGGUGAAAAUGCAUCAUGCUCAUCAGAGCCAUUAGUUUUUCUCCCUGUAACCCCAAUAAUACAAUUACAGUACCCAAUGGUGUGGGAGGACAAUAGCUCUUCGGCAAACUAUACCUGCCGUUUGUGCAUGAAAACUUUCUACAACAGAAAGGCUUUACAAAAUCAUAGGAACUUACAACAUGACGAUGAAGCUACUGGCAGCGAUGAGGAGCAACGACCAAAACCGGUACUUCAGACUGAUCAGAACAACGGGCUUUGCGGUUUUAAAUUCAUACCGCUACAAAAUAAUAAUGACGACCAAGUAACUGGACGUGAUGGUUUGAUCACACGUACGUUUACAAAAGAUUGUACAUACUUGAUAAUAAAAAUCGAGGGGGACGAUAUCGAGAGCGAUGCUGUAAAACGAUCACGACUAGACGGUGUUGGUAAACGACCUCAAAGUAAGCCAAAACCACCCAUCGAUCUCAGGGGCCCCUUUACUUGCACUUUUCCUUCAACCCUGCGUCCGGAUCUGCAGUGUCGCCGGAUCUUCUUCAACUGUUGUGAUUAUUCGGUACACUACCGGGAAGAGCACACUAAAAGACGCAAGGCUGCCCUGCGCUGUCAAGUGUGCGAGAAACGACUCGACCGGGACUUCUACCCGACCGAUUCGAUCGCGGCGCAGCUUCACGCUGCCAAUCAGUUUACCUUCUCUUGUCGCAUUUGCAGUCAAACAUUCCUGGAUAGCACCGAGUACGACGAACACAACCGGAUCGUGCACGCUAAGACAAAGCCGCACGAGUGUUCGAUAUGUGCCAAACGGUUCACGCAACAAGGUGGCUUGCAACAACACAUGCGAAUGCAUACCGGCGUUCGCCCUUUUGUUUGCACAUUUUGCCCAAAAGCGUUCACACAAAAAGCUGGGCUCGACCAACAUCUUCGAAUCCACACGAAGGAGAAGCCGUUCAAGUGUGUGAUAUGCAGCAAGUGUUUCUCCCAGUCUGUUCAUCUCCGACAACAUAUGCGCACUCACACCAAUAUACAACCAUUUGAGUGUUCCGUAUGUGGGCGAAAAUUCAAGCAAAGCAGCCACUUAAAUUUUCAUAUGCGUUCACAUCUUGGCGACAGUUCAAUGGUCGUGGAAAAUUAUGCGCAAGGGGACCGCCACGAUAAUCAAUUGGAAUUCUUGAAAAUUGCAAAUCUACAGCCGGUGCAGGACGGGGAGACAAUAUACUAUGCAGCUGAACUGGCGGCGGGGCCGACGUCAAAUCAAAACUCAUUUUCAUUUCAGCCACAAGUGGUCAUACCUGAAAAUGUACUUUCGUUAUAAUUUUAAUUAGUAAAUUAGUAUUUUAAUAUGGCAUGUAGGACUUAAGCAUUAGGGUAAUAAAAGAUUUGAUUUAUGUGAAAAUCAUAAAGUACCUCCAAUACUUUCCUAUUAGGUUUGUUAUAAUUCAAUUGCCACCAAUUUAUUUAUCGGUUAGGUUCCUAUAUGUUCUUGUUGUAAGUAUAAUAUUGUGUAAAAUCUUUUAGCAGUCCGCACUAUCAGGCCAGAUUACGAUAUGUAAAGACCUCGAAAACUUAGACGUCUAGCUAGAUAUUAAAAAAAGUAGAUUAUUUCUUAGCCAUAUCACAUUUUCUUCGCUCUUUUGAUAUCUUUUUUCAACCAUUGUUACAUAAUUCAAAAUAAAUCAAUUACUUCUAAGCAUACAUGUAAUGUUUUUUUUUAACACCUAUAUUCCUACUGCUGCGCUAAACUGCAUUCUACGAUAACAUUAAAUUGAAGUCACAAAAAAAAAAAUUAUUCGUAUCGAAAUCAAAUCAUUUUAUCAAUCGAAAUAUAAGCAUUCGUUUGAGAUUAUGUUAAUUCACAUAUUUUGCAUGAUAUUGACCGAUGUCCAAAAACAUGCACUUAAUUUUGGGGUAAGUAUUAGUGUGGUUCGACUCGAUUCUAAUCCCAAAAAGAUCUGUUCACCAGAUCAUUAAUGUAUGAAUGAAUAAAAAAUAUUCGGAAAAAAAUAGUGCAGAAAUAAAUAAAUAAAUAGCAUUGCAUUCUACCGACGCGACGCCGCGACGAGGUUUAUGCGAGCACCUUCAAAUCAUCUGAAUUUUCCCACGACGAGUUGCAAUUGUUGCAUGCCAAGUACCAGGAGAACAUAAUAUCAAGGAGGUCAGACGUAGUAGUAGUAUUGCAUUUUAUACUAGAACACGUGCUAAUUGCACUUUCCCACUCCAACUUGGGGGAAAUGGCUGCCUUCAGGCUUUACUACUUUCCUGCUUCCACCUUACUGUCAUUGGGUGCAUCUGAGGAUGCGCAGUUGAACUGUCAUUUAGUCUCUUGUUAGCACGUACGGCAGUGCCUGAAGUUUGUAGCACUAGACUGACGUUGUAAAGAAUAAAAUCGCUGUCAACUGAAUGCUAGCUUUUGCAAAAGGUUGUAUGCCAUGUCUUCAUACGGAUCGUGUUCUAUAGGAAUAUGUGCAAUCUGAAACUAACUAUCGCAUUAAUUACUUAUAUUUUUU